GCUGCCUCCCCCGGAACUUCCUGGGUCCUGCGCGUGCCUGUGGCGUCCCCGGAGCUGGAGCAGCGAGCAGCCGCGCGAGGGUGUGAGGUCGGCCUGGUGAGAGGAUAUACCCUCCCCGGAGCCUGCCGCGCCAGCCCGCGUGCUUCAGGGCCUGUCCCUCCGCGCCGCACCGGCUCAGAGGCGGAGACAAUGGCCAAGAACAAAUGGAAAGGGCAGAAGCCUAGGAAUGUGUUUCACGUAGCCAGCCAAAAACACUUUAAGGGGAAGAGUAAAGCAAAACCAGUUACCACGAAUCUUAAGAAGAUAAUCAUUAAGAACGUUGAAAAAAUUAAAAGAAUGAAUGAAGCUUUUGUGAACAUACAGAAGGAGCUUGCUCACUUCUCUCAAGGCCUUUCCCUCGAACCUCUGCAGAAACAGCUGGCUCUUCAGCCGAGUCAGGAAGACAGACCAGUGAAUGUUGACGAAGCUACGAGAUUAAUGGCUCAGUUGUAAUGCACCUGGUGAUGCAUCAGAUUCCCCCAAAGACCAAUAAAUUAAAUGCUUUAUACAACUUUA